UUGUCUUAGUCCGAAAUCCGAUUUAUCCGAAGUUAUUUAAUUUAUAAUAAUAUGAUUGUUAUCAAAUAUAUUUAUUCGUUUUUAUGUUAUAAUACUAACGAUUAUUGCUAAUUUCUUUGUUAACUAUUUUAAUAAGUAUAUUCGUGUAAUGCGACGUACAUCGUGCUUACAAUAAAGCACUUAUUUAAGAAACUAGAUAUGAAACAUAAUAAAGGAAAAUUUGAUGAGAACUCAUAUUGUAUGCUACUGAAAAAUUGUAAAGAAAAAAUACUAUGUGAUUUCUGUGACAAAACAUUUGAUAGCAGAUAUUCACAUAUAAUUCACAAUGCACAUCACAUUGUUAUACCUUUGUUGAAGCAGGAACUUCACCAAUGCAAAGAUUGCCUUUACCAUUUCCAAACAGUUAAUGAUCUAGUCAAACACCUUUUAGAGAAACAUAAUCAUGUCUCAGCAUUGCAACAAACUGUUAACAAAAAUAUAUUUAAUUCUCCAAGUACAAGUAUAUCAAAUAAAAAAUUAGAAAUCAUAAACAUUUCGGAUGAUGAAGAUAAUACAGAGGGUAAAGGGGACAUUUUAAACUGUUAUAAACAUUUAGAAAAAUCACCUGUUGAAAAAAAAAUUACGAAGGAAGAAACAUCUACAAUUAAGGGCUCAAAGAGCCAAAUAGAUUCUUAUAUUAAUGUGAAAACUGAAAGUUUAUGUAAUACAUGGAAAGUGGCAAUCGAUAAGAGGGUGAUAGGGUUUAAUUUGUAUGAUACUAGGAAAGAUAUUGAGAAUGAGGAAUAUAUAUUGCCAGAUGUGUAUUACAAUGUUAAAAUAUCGCCAAAUAUCGAUAGUAAAUUAACUAAAUCACAAUUAACAAAUACAGAGUCAAUAAGUAACUGUAGAAGCGCAAGUGGAAAUAAUGAUGGAAUGUUACAGUUGAAUACAGAUAGCGAAAGAUGUUUAAGUAUAAAUUAUAAUGAGCUAACUCAAUCAUGCAAUUAUAAAUGCAAGUACUGUCAAAAUGUCAAUAUGUUUCCUAACAGAUAUGCACUGACACUUCAUCAAAUGUCACAUUUAGAAAUAGCAAACAUCCAACCGAGUCUUUGCCUCAUGUGCGACAAAUAUUUUAGCUGUGGCAAUUUAAAAAAGCAUUUAAAAGAAGUACAUAGCAAUGUCAUUCUGAAGAAUUCUAAACUAAAUGCAUGUACAAUAUGUAAUUUUAAGUACUAUAGUUACAAGAAACAUUUAUACAAUUAUCAUCACAGUUUGUUUAGUUGGGAGAGUUGUCCGGAGAGAAUCACUUUGAGUAAUAUGAAUAAAUUUCAUGGCAACAUUGCUAUGAAAACUAUAUAUCACAUAAGUGGUUCCAACACGGAUAUCGUUGAAUUAUGUGCCAAGUGUUUUAAGAAGAUGACAAAUUCUAAUAUUGAGCAUAUUAAAGUCAGCACAUGUAGGAAGGCAGGUUGUCAGUUAAAAUGCAGCAAUUGUCAUGAUAAGUUUUCAGAGAUAAAUUUUGUGGAGAAAUGGCAUCCGGUGUAUGUGAGUCGGUUUAAGUUCGAGGAAGAAGUGAAGAAGAGAAGGAAGAAGACAAAUGAAGAUCGGUUGAGAAAUAUUCAGAUGCGAUUGAAGAUGAUUAAUAAAUUGAGUCGGUUUUAUGUUUGGUUUUAUUUAUUUAAAAAAAUCCUAAAAAUAACCUCAAAACCCUCCAAGGGCUAA